CCUUACCACCUUGGUUAUAAGCAAGAUUGUAUAAUUCACUAGGUCAUACAGUUUGAUGGCAUGCUAAGAAUUCGUUGGCCCAACAACUCAUAGAGGUUCGAUAAUGGAUCUUACAACACAUACUAAUACGUUCCAUCAAACGAUAUCCACAUCUAUGGACUUGAAGUUUGCGCACAUGUUCGUAAAUACAAUGUGCUUAACAAAUGGGGUCACCGGAAUUAAAAAAAAAAAUCGGCCACAGAAGACUCUAAUACCAUGUCAAUAACCUCUUAAUACCAACAACUCGAAUUAACAUGAUCACCAAUGAAGAUCCAACCAAGAUAUCACUAAAUCCUUAAACACAAUUAAUGCUUGGGAAAGGUGUGUCAUUGUUGGUCAAAUUUGUGAGCUAAAUUCAUAUGCCCUUCUAGAAAUUUUCUAAGAAAUUGUCGCCGGUGAUGAGGUGGCACUUGUGUCACCGACAUGAUUCGUGAAAGCAGUGCGACGGCCGACGAUUAUUGGGACCCCAAGGCAAGGUUAAUAGCUGGCCAGGGCUAAUCCACGAUCACAGCGUGGGGAGUAUUUAAACAAUUCUUCAUUUUAUGAGUUAAAAAAGAGGUUUAAGGAAUGAGGUGGCACGUGGAUACUCCAGCAAGCUAGGUCAGCACUACAUUAACAAAAGAUGAUGACUGAACAACAGAAAAAGAUGACGCAUUUAUGAGGAUUGAGGUGACAAUCCCCAAAGUCGCACUUAAUUAAUUGAUUAAAGAAAGCUAAUCAUAUUAGUUAUCUGGCUUAUGUUCUAUCAUGUAAUUAAUUUAACUCAGGUUUAAGGCUGUAGCCUAACGCCCUAAACUUGUGGCUUGUGCCCCUGUUCACACCAACCAUGUAGCCACCGUAUAGCCAUUAGGGGUGGAUUCGGUUUGGAUCGGUUAUAACCGAUAACCGAUUUAUCGGUUACCGGUUAACCGAAUCACCAUCUCCCCCUACCGAACACCAACCGACGCCAAUGCCUCGGUUAACCAAUAACCAACCGGUCGGUUAACAGACAACCGAUAACCGAACCUCCAGCUCUAAUAGCCAUGCCCAGACUUUUUAUUUUCGGUGAUUACCAUUAGCCAGACAUUCCACUAACAAGUGGGUUGUCAUUCUUUAUUAUCGAAGUUAAAAAAAAGACGCGACGUAUAAGAUGGGCGUAGGAGUCUUAUUCGUCAACAAAAUGUUCAUAGCACUCUAGAUGCGUCUUUUUGAACCAUGCUCUUAUGAUUUAUCACUGACACAACUAUUAAGUAAAGUGUGAAAAUUCAUCAUAAGAGAUAUAAGUGAUAUAUCUAUUAUACAACACAGGUAUCCUUUAAUUUGUUAUGGACAAAGGUAACCUCCGGUCAUCAUAAUCGAAAUAUGACAUGGAAUUUCCAGAUAUAUGAUGUUCAAUAAAUAAAGAUAAUGCACAUUCUUCUGCUUUGCAAUCUUACCACACCUCUGGUUUACCUAGUGGGUUGAAGACUUGGAAUUUAUUGUGGAAUUCCAAGUUCGCAAAUUGCAACCUCAGGCUGUUAAUUACACAAGUCUUCGUGAUUUUUAACCGUAUACUUAUGGAAAAUCUUAGAUUGAAAGUUCAAAUUAUGAAAAAUGAAGGCUCCUUAAUUUUUUGUUGCAUAUGGUUGGUUUCCACUCUCCAAUUCUCUUUGGACUUUUACUCGUCGGUUGUGGUGGCCGGAACAUUUUGUGCUAUCAUGAACAAAUACUCUUAUUUUUCUCCUAAAACCCAAAAAGCCAAUUGGUGGACUCCGUAAUUGACUUAAUGUAACCAGGAUUUGAGUCACUUUAUAAAGUAAAAAUUACAUUUGAAAGUGUUUUUUUGGAGUUGGAGUUGCUAUCAAAUUAGUUCAAGAUUGCGACUACUAGAGCAUGAGAAACUUUAAUGUAUAAAGUAGGUAGUUAAUGGGCAUUUUUCAAGAUGACCUUAUCAAUGACAACAACAUAGAAGCAAAACCUCUUCUUAUACUUCUCCAUUUCCCCUAAAAUAUGACCUUAUUUAGACUGGUUUUUUCAUAGUCAUUUACUAUAUAAACAACUUUCAUUUUAUAAAAAGAGAAGUUGUGUAUACGAGACACAUGAUUGUACUGCUAGGACGUACAAACUUCUACCUAAUAGAGAACAAAAAAAAAAACUAGAAGAUAAAGGAGUUGAUCUAGACACAAAAAGAAGUUCGUCAUAGAUUUGUUUUUGAGAGUAUCUAAGGACAUAUAGUACAAUUGCAUUGAAUAUCCAAGAUGAUCAAAGAAGUAAGAGUAUCUGCAUCAUCGAAGUCGCUAGCAUCGCACCGACAAAGUGAUAAACGACAACAAUCAAAAUUAGAGUUUUAUCAAAUCAACGUCCCCUUCACACCUAACCAUCUUGUCCAUUAUAAUAUAUAUAUAUUUUUGGUGAGAUCUUGUCCAUUAUAUUAUGAUAGUUAACAACAAUUAUCCAUACUUAGAAAAUAUGUUUACAAAAGUUAUUAUGAUUCUGAUUCUAGAUUAGCGUAUCUUAGGGGUCGUUUGGAAGUUGUGAUUUUUAAUGGUGUAUUGAAUCAAUUCAUAUGAGAUUAAGUCGCUUUUUUUACUUAUAUUGAACUAGAAUAUAUGCAUUAACUUUUUGGAGACCCCACCAACCACCAUAAUCACUCUUAAUUGAGGGAUUAUCAAUUUCUACAUUUUGUUGAGAUUCUUCACAAUCACUCAAAAUUCAUUUUUAUGACUUUACAACAAACCACAAUCUAAACCUCCAAACAAAAUAUUUUUCUAAUAUAUCAAUUGAUUCAAUACAUCAAAUGAUAAUGCAGUAAUUAACUCAAUACAUCAAUUUGAAUAGUCAUAAUUUCUAGAUCGUAUUACCGUUACGUAAUAAAGUACAUGUAAUUUACCUAUAACACAGCCUAAAACAACGGCCAUUCUAGAAGCCCAGAACCGGAAAUUAGCGGGAAGGGAUUUAUUACUUAAACACCGGUUUUAAAAAAUAAAACGAUUUGAUUCCCGUUCCCGGUUCCUCCAAUCCACGUGUACGAGGCUCGGAAACAAAAUAAAAAUAAUACGCGGCUGCAGCUGCUUUAUUCAUAGCUCAGUAGUUGAACUUGAACCAUUUCACAUUUUCACUGCCUCCGGCCAGCCAUGGAAAUGAGACAGAAGAAGGCGAACACUGAAACGACAAUAAUCUUCUUUUCCUUCUUCUUCGCCUGCGCUCUCUUCACUCCUUCCGCCGUCGCCGAUCCCCGAACGACAGAUCAGUCCGGCCUAUUCUGCGGCGCAGCCCGCCCGCCGCCGUCCGUCGCCGCUAGCUUCAUCCCUACAUUCGUCAAAGAAAUGGACGCCCUUAGCUCCCAGCUCAUAAACAACAAGCAAAAAUUCGCCACUUACCAUCUCAACAACUCCGCAAUCCCCUUCUACGCUUUGAUCCAGUGCCACGCCGACCUCUCCCAGACCGACUGCCUCCUCUGCUACGCCGCCGCUCGCACGAAGCUCCCCCGCUGCCUCCCCGCCGUCUCCGCCCGGAUCUACCUCGACGGCUGCUUCCUCCGCUACGAGAAUUACAGCUUCUACACGGAAUCCGUCUCCCCAGCCAUCGACAACUUCACAUGCGGCAGCGCCGCCGCCGCAGGAGCGGAAUUCGAGUUCGCGGAGAGCGUGAAGUACGCGGUGGCGAAUGUGACGAGGAACGCGGCGGCGUCGGAGGGAGUGAGCGGGUUUUUCGGAGUGGCGGAAGUUGGAGGAAGAGCUUAUGCUCUGGCGCAGUGCUGGGAGAGCGUCGGGAGAGAUGGUUGCCGGGAGUGUUUGAGUAAAGCCGCCGCCGCGGUGGUCGGAGGAUGUCUGCCGAGGAGGGAAGGGAGAGCGCUGAAUGCUGGGUGUUAUUUGAAGUACUCCGAUCAUAAAUUCUACGGCGACGGAGGUGUUAGAGUGCAUGGUCACGGGGAUUCAACUCUGGGAGUGAUAAUGGCGAUUGCCUUAGCAUCAGCAGCAUUCGCCAUGCUCACACUCUUCGCAGCUUACGCUGUCCAUCUCAAACGCCUAAAGGCUAAACAAGCACGCAGAAAUCUGGGCAAGGUAUCGAUAAGCUUCAACAGGUUAAGCAUGAACUUCAAGUAUGAAACUUUAGAAAAAGCCACUGAUUACUUCAGCCUGUCGAAGAAGCUAGGCCAAGGAGGAGCUGGCACAGUUUUCAUUGGAUCUCUUCCCAAUAACCAAACCGUGGCAGUGAAGCGGCUGAUCUUCAACACAAGCCAAUGGGUGGACGAGUUCUUCAACGAGGUGAAUUUGAUCAGCGGAAUCCAACACAAGAACCUCGUUAAGCUGCUCGGUUGCAGCAUUGAAGGACCCGAGAGCCUGCUAGUCUACGAGUAUAUUCCCAACAAGAGCCUCGACCAGUUCCUAUUCGAGAAGAACAGCAAGGUGGUGACUUUGAGCUGGAAGCAGAGGUUGAACAUCAUAGUUGGGGCAGCGGAAGGGCUAGCAUAUCUUCAUGGAGAAAGGGGGUCUCCUGUGAGGAUCAUACACAGGGAUAUCAAGAGCAGCAAUGUGCUACUGGAUGAGGAUUUCAAUGCCAAGAUUGCGGAUUUCGGGCUCGUUCGCCAUUUUGGUGCUGAUAAGUCUCACCUCAGCACUGGGAUAGCUGGAACCAUAGGAUACAUGGCUCCUGAGUAUCUGGUUCGUGGGCAGCUCACUGAGAAGGCCGAUGUUUACAGCUUUGGAGUCCUGGUUCUGGAGAUUGUGAGUGGGAAAAGGUGCAAUGCUGUUAUAGGCGAAUCCAACUCCCUCCUCCAAGCAGUAUGGUUCUAUUACAGAACGAACAGACUGAUCGAAGCAGUUGAUCCAUCCCUCGAUAGUGAUUUCCCAGCAGAUGAAGCACUAACAGUGCUGCGAAUCGGCCUACUGUGCUCACAAGCUUCAGUCUCCUUAAGACCAUCCAUGGCACAAGUCAUCGAGAUGCUGACAAAUCGUGACUGCGUGAUCGCAGCUCCAAGUCAACCACCAUUCAUGAGGGGUACAGAUUUGAUGGACCCUGAUGCGUCCUUCAGGUCCCGAAGCACAUACAGUUCAGUAUCAGUAGUAUCAAACGGGGAAUCCACCAAAGAGUCUUCUAGCCUACUCAGCAGCGUAACCACCGGUCCAACCAGGAGUCGAGAACUAAUAGAGGAAUGAAAAAGUAGUCCCUUUCCAAGCUUGUAUCUUUCACUCAUCAAUCAUUUUUCACUGUGGAAAAGAGGGACUCGAAAGAAGAAAUGGAUGGAAAGGGAAAGGGGGUUGCUCUGGCGGGUGCCCAGCUUUUAGCUGUUUUUUUUUUAUGGCCGGUUGGUUGUGCCGUUAAUGUCGGCGGCAGAAAUGUCAAUACAGUUUGGUGGAUUUGGGCGGAAUGUGCAGAAAGGAUCAGCAGUAGUGUGUUGUCCAUCAUCGCCAGUGGUGUCAUACUCUUUUAGUCAUAGAAAUUUUUGUUCAUUCACAUGUGGCCUGUGGGUACGGCAAUAAAAAUAAUACAUGAUUCUCCACAUGUAUUUGUUUUCUUUUCUUCUUUUCGACCAACAAAACCAACCAAAAACCGUCCUAAUAUGGUCACGACAUUUGUUGUCGUUAAAGAGAAUUUGAUGUUUUUUUUAUGAAAAAUGUCACUGCACAACUGCAUAGAUGCAACAAAGAAACAACAAUGAUGCGCAUCAAACUAACACCCAAAUUUGAUCAACAUUGGGUUGGAACAAGUUCAAGUCGACCUCUCUAAUCACCUAUAAACCGUCCUGAAUUGA